UGGACCUCUUUCUCUUCAAGGCACUGUUACAGUUUGUAGGUUGGCACCGCAGGCCGGAGGGGGUCGGGGUUGGAGUUAAAAACCUAUUUUUCAGAGGCGGAAGCUGGAACGCAGAGCUGGGAAAGGCUUUGGAGUUCCGGCCCGCAAGGAAUGCGGAGUACCCGGCGCGCCACCCGCUGGGGCCCAGCGCGCUGACGCACGGUCAUCGGCGCCGCGGCGGCUCGCUCGGUCCCCUCGGCCGACUUCGGUUCUGGCUCGCUGGGCCCGACUGUGGUACAGACUUCCAUGAGCCGGUCCCAGGUAGCCCUGCUGGGCCUGGGCCUGCUGCUCAUGCUGCUACUGUACGUGGGGCUGCCAGGCCCCCCUGAGCAGACCUCGUGGCUCUGGGGAGGCCCCAAUGUCACAAUCCUGGCUGGUAUCACCCCUGGCAACUCCCCCAUCUUUUACCGCGAGGUGCUGCCGCUCCACCGGUCACGCAGGGUGGAGGUGAUGCUACUCCACGGAAAGGCCUUUAACUCGCACACGUGGGAGCAGCUGGGCACACUACAGUUGCUGGCGCAGAGGGGCUACCGGGCCGUGGCCCUUGACCUCCCAGGUUUUGGGAACUCAGCACCUUCCAAGGAGGCAAGCACAGAGGCAGGGCGGGCAGAGCUCCUGGAGCGAGUGCUACGAGACCUGGAGGUGCACAAUGCCGUCUUGGUGAGCCCCUCUCUGAGUGGCCGCUACGCCCUGCCCUUCCUGAUCCGAGGCCACCACCAGCUGCGUGGAUUUGUGCCCAUUGCACCCGCCUCCACCCAGAACUACACCCAGGAACAAUUCUGGGCCGUGAAGACCCCGACUCUCAUCCUGUAUGGGGAGCUGGACCGUAUCCUGGCCCGAGAGUCACUGCGGCAGCUCCGCCACCUGCCCAACCACUCUGUGGUGAAGCUGCGUGAUGCAGGCCACGCCUGCUACCUCCACAAGCCGCAAGACUUCCAUCUUGUCCUCCUGGCCUUCCUUGACCGCCUGCCUUGAGUUCACCCACUGACCAGGCCCCAGGCCUGGCCUGAGCUGGGAGAGUCCGGACCAGUGCCCUACCAGGGAGGCAGCCCCUGGGAUUGGAGGGUGGAGACCAGUGGGCCGGGCCCAGUUGGGACCUCUCAUUUCAUCUCACAGGCACAAUAAAAAAAAAACACAUUUUUUUGUCAUGGC